CUAUAUGGAUUAACGGUGCGGGAGAAGCGACCGGCAAGGAGGACCGAGGAUCAGCGGGACUGUACCGCUAAGCUUUUCGGUGUGAGUGACCGGACGACAGUUUUACUGGGACGUUACCACGCCUUUGUUUUAGCCUAUUCUAUCUUUUUUAUUCUCUUCUUUUCUACUCCCGACUGCAGGGGAGACGCACAGAGUCGAGUUAACAGAGGGUGAGCGACGUAAACACACACUUGGAGACGGAGAGAGAGAGAGAGAGAGAGAGAGAGGAGGAGGAGGAGGGAGAGCUAGAAGCUCGCGACUGUGAAGUGAAAACCCCAAAAUUCGUUACAGAAAACGUUUCACGGUCUCCAACAAAGGAGGGAAGGCACUACACUGGAUUUUUUAUGAGUGUUGAAUCACCAACUUAGUCUGCCUAACCCCUUUUUAUUGGAAUAAUUAGACUUUUCUGCCCUUCUGUCUGGGAUAUAUAUAUAUAUUUUUCUUGUAGUGGAAUUCUUCCUAUUUCACCUGCACGAGGGCAGCGACCGGCGGGAAAGGAGGAGGGGAGGGAGGCACUACUGGCCGGGAAGAAGAGGAGAAACAAGAGAAGAAAAAGAAGCGGCUGAAGGGGAAGGAGAGGUUCGGGGUGGGGGGAGACCAUUUCAGUUUCUCUCGGAUGGGAUUGUUUGCUCACCCCGUGGAUGGAGGGAUGAAACCGGGAGAAAAACACGGGGAGAGAGAGAAAGAGAGAGGAAGGAGAAGUGGAGGAUGUAGUCGUCGGGCGCUGUGAGAAUGCAAAACGGACGCACCCCUCUGGAAGACAGGAUUGAACUAUAAACCCGUACGGAAUUUACACACACCCAAAGGAUAUUACACAUAUUUACCUCGACAUACACAUAUAUGGGGUAUAUUCUCUUAUCUGGAACCUAUUUGCGUGGAGUUACAACUAUAAUCACCACUACCAUUCUAAUAAUGGGAUUUGGAAAGAUAACUGCACCCUGACACUCGGUGGAGGAAGGAGCCGCAUCCGGAAAGAGCUUGUUUAACAUGAUCCUCCAACAGCAGCUGUCCACCAGAAUUUGCAUAGAGAUGUUCAUGAUUACAACUUUCAAUCUGCCCUCAAUUGACUGAAAACACACAGAAGAUUUUGGACCUGCAUCCUCAUCCAUGAUGUUAUAGCUGCGGUAACAUGUGAUUCCUGACGCAGAGUGUUAUCAGCUGUUACGUCUCUGAAGGUGUUGUGUCCAGGUGGGGUGGUAACCAUGGAGAGGCUUUUGCUGUGUGUGAUGCUGGCAGUUGCCAUGGCAGUGAGGGCACAGAUCUGCCCGAAGCGCUGCGUAUGUCAGAUCCUGUCGCCCAACCUGGCAACCCUCUGUGCCAAGAAAGGUCUACUGUUUGUACCACCAAACAUUGAUAGGCAUACAGUGGAGCUACGGCUGGCUGACAACUUUGUCACAAGUGUGAAGAGGAAAGAUUUUGCAAACAUGACACGGCUUGUAGACCUAACAUUAUCUAGAAACACCAUCUCCUACAUCACACCUCAUGCCUUUGCUGAUCUGGAAAACCUCAGAGCCCUACACCUCAACAGUAACCGGCUGACGAGGAUAGGCAACGACACAUUCAGCGGGAUGUCCAAGCUCCACCACCUGAUUCUGAACAACAACCAGCUGGUGAUGAUCCACCAGGGAGCGUUCAAUGACUUGCUGGCGCUGGAAGAAUUGGACCUCAGUUACAAUAACCUGGACUCUAUUCCAUGGGAGGCCAUUCAGAAAAUGACCAGCCUCCAUACGUUGAGUUUAGACCACAACAUGCUGGACUUCAUUCCAGAGGGAACCUUCUCGCUGCUGCAGAAACUCAACCGGCUGGACGUCACCUCCAAUAAACUCCAAAAGCUACCACCGGACCCUCUUUUUCAACGAGCACAGGUCCUGGCCACGUCAGGGGUCCUGACCCCUUCUUCCUUCGCGCUGUCAUUCGGUGGGAACCCUCUCCACUGUAACUGUGAGUUACUGUGGCUGAGACGGUUGAACAGGGAGGACGACCUGGAGACAUGCGCUUCACCCCAGCACCUCUCCGGUCGAUACUUCUGGUCCAUCCCUGAGGAAGAGUUCUUGUGUGAGCCCCCCCUCAUCACCAGAUACUCCCAUGAGAUGAGGGUGCUUGAAGGGCAGCGGGUUGCGCUAAGGUGUAAGGCAAGAGGUGACCCAGAGCCAGCCAUCCACUGGAUCUCCCCGGAGGGCAAAUUGGUAUCUAACUCCUCCAGAACGUUGGUCUACACCAACGGGACCCUGGACAUCCUCAUCAGUACUGUGAAAGACACUGGCUCCUUCACUUGUAUCUCCUCCAACCCCGCUGGUGAAGCCCACCAAACAGUAGACCUGGUUAUUAUUAAACUCCCUCACAUCUCCAACAACACCAACAACAUCCAGGAACCUGACCCGGGAUCAUCAGACAUUUCCACGUCGACCCGAGGCGGAGCCAACGGAAGCAAUGUGACUGGUGAUGUGAAGGGCGGGGUGGACAAGAGGGUGGUCACCGCUGAGGCUACGUCAUCGACAGCCCUGAUCAAGUUCAACUUUCAGAGGAAUAUUCCAGGCAUUAGGAUGUUCCAGAUACAGUACAACGGGAGCCAGGACGACUCACUAGUGUACAGAAUGAUCCCCCCAUCAAGCAAGAACUUCCUGGUCAACAACCUGGCAGCAGGGACCCAGUAUGACCUCUGCGUGUUGGCCAUCUACGAUGAUGUCAUCACCUCCCUGACAGCGACACGCGUGGUCGGCUGUGUGCAGUUCACCACCGAGUCGGAGUACAUGAGGUGUCAUUUUAUGCAGUCGCAGUUCCUCGGCGGGACUAUGAUCAUCAUCAUUGGAGGGAUAAUAGUGGCCUCGGUGCUCGUUUUCAUCAUCAUCCUGAUGAUACGGUACAAGGUGUGCAACCCUGGAGAGGGUGGUAAAGGUGUCUCAAUGUCGAUGACCAACGUUCACUCACAGACCAAUGGGCAGCAGUCACAGGGAUGCACUGUGACUCCCAGCGCCUCUAAACAUGGCUCAAUCGGAUUAGACGACCUCUCAGGAGGCACAAAGAAAAGGAGCGGAGCAGCAGGAGGAGGAGGUGGAGGCAAGGAUACUCUGACUCAGUCGUCCGACUCUUCCCUGCCUGACUGCUCCACGGCUACGUCAGUCCUCAGCCAGCCUUGGGGUGCCAGGAGCCCGACAGGUGGCAUCGAGGAGCGGGAGAAAGUGGGUGAAGAGAGAGCUCAAGCUGGCGUCUCCAUGCCCACCGCUGCCUCCGCCACCGGCACGCUACCCAAGCCAAAGCGGAAACCCGCUCCGAGCAAGCCAGGCUCGGUCUGCUCCAACACCUCGGCCGUCCCCGAAAACCUCCCCUCCUCCUCCCCUCGCCCGCCAUCCUCCUCCUCCUCCUCCACUGCCACUUCUGCCCUCCUCCCUCCCUCCACCCCCCUAGAGAACCUCAACACCAACCGCAACAACUCCACCUCCCUCAACCAGACCCCGCCUCCCUUCGCCCCUUCCCCUUUCUCCAGCCCCCUCACCACGCCGAGCCCCGUCCCAUCCAUCCGAUUCAGAGAGACGCCCAUCCUGCGUCGGGCUCCCCGCCCUGGCUCCUCCUCCUCCGCUGCUUCCUCCUCCGCCAAGUACCAGACUCUCCCCACAGAAGAGGGAGGGAGGAGCAGGGCGAGGAGGAGGUACUCCCUCAGCGAAGGAGGCUCAAAGACUCUGUCAUCCCAUCAGGGAGGAGGAGGAGCACCCAAACUGGGGCGCAUAGUGCGGAAUAAAAGGAGCCAAUCAAUGAGUGGGAUGCUGCUCCCUAAAGAUGGAGAUGGAGACUCGGACAAAGGGCGGUGUGACUCGGACUGGAUCUUAGAGAGCACGGUUUGAACUGAAACGAGACAGCGACCACAAAAGAAACUUUGGUUUAUCCAUUAUUGUUUAUCUUUUGUAUGAGUGUGUGUCUGAGACUUUGUGUGCGUGUGUGUUUGUGUGUGUGUGUUUGAAUUUGUUUAUAGAUGUGUGAGUGAAGGUGAAAGUGUGUGUGUGAGCAUUUGUAACAUAUGUUUUUGCCGUUUAGAAUGUGCAUUAUUGGUGUGUGUGUGUUCAUGUUAGCUGUUGCUGGACGAUUGACCGUGUGUGUGUGUGUGUGUGUUCUGCGUUCAUACUGUUUGUUUUCAACCAUUCUUUUUUUUAAUUUUUCAUAACUUUUCUCCACAACUCUUUGUAUUCAGUUUACUGUUUUUCCACUCUGACAGUUUCCUAUCCGUUUUGCAGUCGGUCAUUCAGCGAGUGGGUAACUUGCCUUCGUCUCGUAGCGUCCUUGAGUUGUCUCGCUGGUUCCACUUUAUAGCACAAAAAGAAAAACAAGACAAUGGGCUCGCCACGUCAUUUUCCAAUUCACACUCACCUUAUCUGAAAAUACCACGAAAAGGGAAUAAUAACAGGAAAAAAAGAGUAAAAAAAAAAACAAUACAAGAACUGAAAUGCACACCAUUCUUAACGUUCACACGGCCACAGAAAAUGUGCGUCCAUACGGUGGCAAGAGAAUAGCAGUCGGUGCCUUCUUUUGCACUAACAGACACAUGAUAUAACCGGAUUUUGGACUCCACCACGGCUCCACGAACAAGAGAUUAGGACAGAAGGGGAACAAACAAGGGAACAGAAAGAUUUCACACAUAGCCUUUCUUACCUACUGAGGAGUACAGACGUUUUCUUGACAUACAGACACAAACUGACAAACAGCAAGUAACAAACAGAUAAAGACUUUAACGGACCUCUUACGAAAUUGAUAUUUUUUAAAGGGAAGAAUAAAAAAAAGAAGAUAAAAACCUUGCGAACUUUUCACUGACAUCGGUUUAAACUACAGCCUGUGUCGGUCACAAGCUCCUGGAAAGCUUCUGUACAGAAAAAGACAACAUGUACUGUGUUGUUAUGUUGUGUAAAAUAAAAAGGGAUAAAAUGAAAA